AUGAUCUGCCAGGAUCCAGGCGAUAUAGCAGCGAUACGGGCCGAAGUCGAACUGCGAUACUCCGAGACCCUGUCGACGAUCGAGAUCACUAUCCGUGAAAGUAUGUCCGAAACCGUGACCAAAGAACGGCUCACCGCGCUGGGUACAUUUAGAGAGAAGAAGGUUCUGAUAUUCUUACAAACAAACAGAAGCUACCUAAAUAGUUAG